CGCGCCUUUCGAAACGCUACUUUCUUGCCCGCCCUCGCAACAAGCUUGGAAACCCGCCACCAAUGGCCGCCCUCGCGCCCACCAAGCCCGCCAUCUCCGGCCACUCCCAGCUCCUCCCCCUCCGAACCCCAUCCAUCUCCCUCGUCUUCUCCCCUGUUCGCUCCCGCUUGAGAUCCAUCACCGUCUCUGCUCGCCUUGCUGAGAUCUCCCCGGUCGAGAAGAGGUCCGGCCUCCCGGAUCUCGAGAUCACCUCAAAGAAGGCCAAACCCACGGUUCUCGUCUCCGAGAAGCUCGGCGAAGGCGGGUUGGAGCUUCUUCGUCAGUUCAGUAACGUGGACUGCGCUUAUAAUCUCUCGCCGGAGGAGCUCUGCGCGAAGAUCUCGCUCUGCGAUGCGCUGAUCGUGAGGAGCGGAACAAAGGUGACGCGAGAGGUGUUUGAAGCCGCGAAAGGAAGGCUUAAGGUCGUCGGAAGGGCUGGCGUUGGGAUCGACAACGUUGAUCUACAGGCCGCUACGGAGCACGGCUGUCUCGUCGUCAACGCACCCACUGCCAAUACUAUUGCUGCUGCGGAGCAUGGGAUCGCGCUUCUUACCGCCAUGGCUCGCAACGUCGCCCAGGCCGACGCCUCCAUGAAAUCUGGAAAAUGGCAACGCAACAAAUAUGUCGGUGUGUCUCUUGUGGGGAAGACACUGGCAGUCAUGGGAUUUGGAAAAGUUGGCUCAGAAGUUGCCAGGCGUGCAAAAGGACUUGGAAUGCAUGUCAUCGCUCAUGAUCCUUAUGCUCCUGCUGAUAGGGCCCGUGCAAUUGGUGUAGAACUUGUAUCUUUUGAGGAAGCCAUCUCCACAUCAGAUUUUAUUUCUCUUCACAUGCCUCUCACCCCCACUACUUCAAAGAUAUUCGAUGAUGAAACAUUUGGGAAAAUGAAAAAGGGUGUGAGGAUCGUCAAUGUUGCUAGGGGUGGUGUUAUUGAUGAAGAUGCAUUGGUGAGGGCACUUGAUGUCGGAGCCGUUGCUCAGGCAGCCCUUGAUGUUUUCACAGUAGAGCCUCCACCAAGUGACAGCAGGUUGGUGCAGCAUGAGAAUGUAAUUGUCACACCUCACUUGGGAGCUAGCACUAUUGAAGCUCAGGAGGGUGUAGCUAUUGAAAUAGCAGAGGCAGUUGUUGGUGCAUUGAAAGGCGAGUUAGCUGCCACUGCUGUAAAUGCCCCCAUGGUUCCUGCUGAGGUUCUAUUUGAGCUAUCUCCAUAUGUAGUCCUUGCCGAGAAACUUGGCAGGCUGGCUGUCCAACUAGUUGCAGGAGUGAGUGGCAUCAAAGGAAUCAAGAUAGUCUAUGCAUCUGCUCGAGACCCAGAUGAUCUAGACACUAGAAUUCUCCGUGCAAUGAUCGUCAAAGGCAUUGUUCAGCCCAUAUCCAGUCUGUUUGUUAACAUUGUCAAUGCUGACUAUACUGCAAAACAAAGAGGCCUGAGGAUUAGCGAAGAGCGAGUUUUUCAUGAUGGCUCACCUGAGGUUCCCAUAGACUCUAUCCAGGUUCACCUCACAAAUGUAGAGUCCAAGUUUGCUAGUGCCAUUUCUGAUUCUGGUGAUAUCAGAGUAGAAGGCAAGGUUAAGGAUGGUGUGCCUCACCUCACACUUGUCGGCGGUUUUAGUGUCAAUGUGAGUCUGGAAGGUAACCUCAUUCUCUGCAGGCAAGUUGAUCAACCUGGCAUGAUCGGUAGAGUCGGUAACAUUCUCGCUGAGCAAAAUGUAAACAUCAACUUCAUGAGUGUCUGUCGCACUGUUGUGAGACAACAAGCGAUAAUGGCAAUUGGUGUCGAUGAAGAACCAGAAAAGGAGACUCUCAAGAAGAUUGGUGAAGUACCGGCUAUCGAUGAAUUCGUCUUCCUUACUCUAUAGUAUAUCUUUGGCAGUGCAUAAGGUAUAACAAUAAAUCCUCUGCUUUGAACGCAUGGGGUCUUUCCAGGUUUGACAAGCCUUCAAUCUUUGAUGUUUGAUGGUUUGUUUCUGUUGCUGUGUGUACCUUAAUACGAGAAUGUCUCUUGUUGUAUUAUAAAUCACUUAAUGUCCUCCCAGAAUGUUUCUCCAUCUAUCUAUGAAUUUAAUGUUUUGGCAUUAAACAUACAUUGUAGUCUUUGUUUGCAGCCGUUGAUUUCAUAAGCUUCA